GUCGUUACGUUUUAGCGUGAAGUUCUGCUCGGCAGUGGAAUAGCAGGAAGGAAUAUGAGGGACGCAAGGUGAAUGUUACGGAUGGGCGAUACCACUGAUUUUCUUUUUGAUUCGAUGCAAGGUAAUGUCGAGCUGCAUCCAGGACGACAGACAGAGGAGAUGAAAAGCAUUUACUAACAGCAACGUGAACGUGACCUGUGGGCUUCUCACCAAAGCCAGGGAACGACUGGCUGCACUUGAUCCCCAAGCUGGGCUGUGGCCAGCUGCAUCAUGGACCAGAAACCUCCCCAGCUAAGUGUGGCAGAUGUGAAGGAGGAAGCACAGGACGUCCUCAUAUCGGAUGUGGACGGGGCCGGGCACAGCAGCCCUGACAAGGUGAAAUGGAGCGCUGCUGGUGUGGGGCCCAGCUGCCUUCUGCACUCACAGAAAGCAGAGAGUACAGUGUGUCCUGUCUUUAAUGGGGAGGUGAUAGAAGAAACAGUGUUUCAGGACGUGACUGAGGAGAAGGUGACUGUCCCUCUUCAGGUGGACGAUACUGAAGGGAGACGGAGAACGAGAAGAGGGUGUGUCAGACCUCCUACCCCAGUUCAAGCUCUCGUACCAGGGAGGAGAGUGAAGAAGUUCCCCUGUUCUCACUGUCCAGUACUGUGCUAUACGUCAGAAACUUACCUACAGAGACACAUGAGGAAAUCACAUCCUGAGGAGUUUGGCCCUGGUGUGAUACUGAAAGGUCACUGCUGCUCUCAUUGUGGAAAGAGCUUCAGUCAUUUGGGAAACCUAAAGAAGCAUGAGCGGAUUCACACAGGUGAGAAACCCUACCAGUGCUCCCACUGCAAGAAGAGCUUCAGUCAAGAAGGAGUCCUGAAGAUCCACCAGCGGAUUCACACAGGGGAAAAACCCUACCAUUGCUCCGAGUGUGGGAAGAGCUUCAGUUAUUUAGGAGACCUAAAGAAGCACCAGCGGAUUCACACAGGGGAAAAGCCCUACCAGUGCUCCCACUGCAAGAAGAGCUUCAGUCAAGUAGGCGCCCUAAAAGCACAUGAGCGGAUUCACACUGGGGAUAAGCCAUACCAGUGCUCCCAGUGUGAGAAAAGCUUCAGUCAAGUAGGAACCCUAAAUAUCCACCAGCGUAUUCACACAGGGGAGAGGCCCUACCAGUGCUCCCAGUGUGGGAAGAGCUUCAGUAAAGUAGGAGCCUUAAAUAUCCACCAGCGUAUUCACACAGGGGAGAGGCCCUACCAGUGCUCCCAGUGUGGGAAGAGCUUCAGUCAUUUAGGAGCCCUAAACAUCCACCAGCGGAUUCACACGGGGGAGAGGCCCUACCAGUGCUCCCACUGUGGGAAGAGCUUCAGUCAAGUAGGGUCCCUAAAGGCCCAUGAGCGGACUCACACUGGGGAGAAGCCAUACCAGUGCUCACAGUGUGAAAAACGCUUCAGUCAAGUAGGAGCCCUAAAUAUCCACCAGCGGAUUCACACAGGGGAGAGGCCCUACCAGUGCUCCCAGUGUGGGAAGAGCUUCAGUUAUGUAGGACACCUAAAGAAGCACCAGGGAAUUCACACAGGAGAAAGACCUUAUCAGUGUUCUCAGUGUGGGAAGAGCUUCAAUCAUUCAGGAAACCUAAAGAAGCACCAGCAAUUUCACACUGGAGAGAUGCCCUACCAGUGCUCCCAGUGUCAGAAGAGCUUCAAUCAAGUAGGAGCCCUAAAGAUCCACAAACAGAUUCACACACGGGAGAGGCCCUAUCAGUGCUCCCAGUGUGGGAAGAGCUUCAGUUAUUUAGGAGACCUAAAGAAGCACCAGCGGAUUCACACAGAGGAGAGGCCGUACCAGUGCUGCCACUGUAAGAUGACCUUCAGGCAAAUAGGAGCCCUAAAGGCACAUGAGCGUACUCACACUGGGGAUAAGCCGUAUCAGUGCUCCCAGUGUGAGAAAAGCUUUAGUCAGGUAGGAACCCUCAGUAUCCACCAGCGGAUUCACACAGGGGAGAGGCCCUACCAGUGCUCCCACUGUGAGAAGAGCUUCAGUCAGGUAGGAGCCCUAAAUAUCCACCUGCGGACUCACACAGGGGAGAGGCCCUACCAGUGCUCCGAGUGUGGGAAGAGUUUCAUUCAUUUAGGAGCCUUAAAAAUUCAUCAGCAGAUUCAUACAAGGGAGAGGCCCUACCAGUGUUCCCACUGUGGAAAGAGUUUCAGUAAAGCAGGAUCCCUAAAGGCACAUAAGCGGACUCACACUGGGGAGAAGCCAUACUAGUGCUCCUGGUGUGGGAGGAGCUUGUUUCAUAGAAAAUCCAAACAAACAUCGAUGGAUUCACACAGGAGAAACGCCUUACCACUGCUACCAUUGUCCAAAGACUUCUAUUUAAUUAAGAAAUCUUAAGACACACCAACAAACUAACACAGGUGAAUGACUCUGUCUGUGUUUCUGGUUGUGGGAAGCUGCUCUACUUGUGCAUGAAGUGAAAGCAUGUGAGCAGACCAUCUAGGGUAACUGCAGGACUCCACCAAAGCUCCCUGAUGUGAUGCAGGCAUGGGAGGAAGUAGCAGUGAGCAUGUCUUCAUCUUCUGGCAUCAUCAGAAUGUUUGCACAACGCCAAAAAUGGUACAAUGAUAUCCGGAGAUGGGGAAAACAAAACCUACAAUCACUGAGGAUCUGAUGUCAGCAGAGGACUUCAUUGCCUUUACGCUCAGUGCUGAAAGCAUUGAGGGAUUUGGGAGGCUAGAGAUGGGCGUCCAGCAUAAUGCAAUGGUAACAAUAAAUAAAUGUGUAUAAACCAUGCAGGCUUCUAGCAAAAAUCAUUUAUUUGACAUCAAAAUACUGCAACCAUACAAUAAUUGAGCCGUAAUUGUCAUGCAGCUCCCCAAGCUGAAGAUCCUGAUCCUGAUAGGCAGGAGCAGGUGGUCGUUGUGGAGGGAGAAGAGAUGGUGGAACUAUCAUUAUUGAGAUCAAGAUGAGCCGACCCAGAUCACAGUGCAGAAACAUCAUCUGGAAGGAGGAGCACCCAUCCUGGGUACUGCAGCAAGCCCACUUCAACAUGCUGGAGAGGGAACUGGGUGGAAUAAUGUGUGUUCGGCGCGCAAACUCCCACCUGAGCCACAUUGAGAUGUUGCUACGGCCCCUCGUGGACAAUAUGGGAAGGUUGGCUGAAUGAGUUGAUCCCCUCGUUCUUGCAACACCUCCCUUGGCCACCCAAACUCCUACAUUCACCAAAUCCAAUACAAUACAAAGCCCCCAGAUGCUUCUGGACUCUCUCUUGGCCAGGGUGCUCCCAGCCUGCCAAGGAAGAAGACCAGUUUAAGAUUGUUCAUGAAUUUGGUGCAAUUGGUGUCUUUAAAAUCAUUUUAUUCAGUCAUGGAGUAGCAGGUAAAAUCAGCGGGGUUUUAAUGGCUGAACCUGAUCAUUGUAAUCUCAAAAAAAUGUUAAUACAGAAUAUUUUUUAAAAAGUUGUUCAAAUUUGAUUUAAUUAUAUCGAGAUUUAAAAAAUUGUCACACACAUUGUGAUUUAUAAUA